AUGGCCAUUGCAGGGCCGUCCGGCCCCAAGAACCGGGGCCAGGAGUACCAUCUGGUGGGGACCGACGAGACCGCCGGCGACUCGGCCGACACCACAAACGAAGAACACCCCGUCACUAGGCCACCGCCCCCGGAGACUGUACGGCAUGUCGGGCCCGGUGCCGGCCAUCUCUUCUCCUCGCGCGGCUUCCGAGCCUUUCUGCUCGCUCUGGCCACGCUUGUCCUUUUGUUCGUCGGUUACAAAGUCGCCUCCGCCAAUGGCCUGGUAGGCGGCAUCGGGGGGCGUACAUGUCCCAAGUGCCCCUGCCUACCGUCAGACGUGCCGCAGUACUUCCAGACCGACCCCAAUCUGUGGCCGGGGCCGACGGCAACAGGGAAGGCGGCGUUCAUGGCUCAGACGGUGACGUUCAACCCCACGGCAACCUACACGCCGAACGAGCCUCUGUAUACCGCCAUUUCUGUGGAGGGAAUGACCACGAAGGAUGAGAGCAUCUUCAACCUGAUGGGCUACCUGUCGCCGUACAAGCCUUCGCCCGGUUUCGGCGUGCGUGAGUACCCGCUGCCGCCGGGGGCAGACAUUGUUCAGGUUCAGAUGCUCUCCCGCCAUGGCUCCCGGUACCCGACCCUCGGCGCAGAUGUCGAAGGGCUCGGGAAGCGCCUUGCAGAUGCCAACGGGAAGUUCAAGGCGAAGGGCGCCCUGGCGUUCUUGAACGAUUGGAAGUACCAGAUGGGCGCCGAGAUUCUCGUCCCGAGAGGACGACAGGAGCUCUACGACUCGGGCGUCCUCCAUUCCUAUAUGUACUCUCAACUGUACAACCCGAACAGCAAGAUCAUCGUCCGCACGACGACGCAAGACCGCAUGCUCAAGUCGGCUGAGAACUUUAUGGCCGGUUUCUUUGGCCUUGAGUGGACCAACAACGCCACCAUCGAGGUGAUCAUUGAAGCAGAAGGGUUCAAUAACUCGUUGGCCGGCUACAUGAACUGCCCCAAUGCCAACAAGGAGAGGGCUGGCGACAAGGCGCAGAAGAUCUGGGUGGACAACUACCUUCAGAACGCUACUGCUCGUUUCCGUGAGAUGAUUGACGGCUACGAUUGGACAAUCGAGGACACUUUUGCUGCACAGAACAUGUGCCCUUAUGAGACCGUUGCCUAUGGCUUUAGCCGCUUCUGCGACCUUUUCACAUACGAGGAAUGGCUUCAUUUUAGUUACGCCAUCGAUCUAUCCUUUUCUGGCAACGCAGGCUUCCAGGCGUCAAGCGCCAGAGCGGUCGGUCUGGGCUAUCAGCAGGAGGUCAUUGCUCGCCUCAAGAAUCAUACGCUGGGCUACUCCGGCUCCAAUAUCAACGUCACGCUGGACAGCAACACUGAAACCUUUCCUUUGAAUCAAAGCCUCUACUUUGACUUCUCCCACGACACGAACAUCGUUGCCGACCUCGCAGCCUUCGGGCUGACGCAGUUUGCCGAUAACCUGCAGCCUGCCCAGUACCCAGGACCGCACAACUUUACCGUGUCACACAUCACCCCCUUUGGCGCCCGUCUCGACAUCGAGAUCAUCCGGGCGCCUAAGCCCUUGGCUGCUGACAGGUCGGGUUAUCUAUCUGACGAGAACGGAGGUGGCAAGGAGACCAAGUAUGUCCACUUUGUACUCAACCAGCGCACCAUACCGCUGGGCCUGAGCUUCAAGGAGUGCGAUGCGUCGCGCGUAGAUGGGUGGUGCGAGCUGGAGACCUUCCUCAAGGUGCAGGAGGAGAUGCCCAAGCUGGCUCAGUUUGAAAGGGCUUGUUUUGGGAACUACACCGAAUAUGAAUACGGCAUCAUUACGAACGGGGCCCCCUUGGAGAUGUAG